UGCAGUGUGCGUAGGAAUUUGUUCAUAGUUUGUUUCUUUUUUUAACUAUAGUCCGGCCCUCCAGCGGUCUGAGGGACAGUGAACUGGCCCCCUGUUUAAAAAGUUUGAGGACCCCUGCUCUGUAGGAACAGGUCUAAUGCAGUCUAUUUGCUGGGCAGGAGCUGGGUCCCCUCGCUGCUUCUCUCUGCUCUAAGGACUGACACGUGAGCAGAGAGCUCACGUCAGGGUGUCCACCACGGCUGAUAUUACAAAGCCUCGAAGAAAAAAGCUUCAUUAGGAAGACAAAGGAAAAGGAGUUCUAGUCAUGUAACUUUUAGGGUCAUUGAGAGAUGAAACCAAGAGGGGUUUGUCAUGAAAUAUAUUUUUGGCAAUUUCCUUAUUUUUGAUCCUGACAUUCAAAAAGUAAUCAAGGCAGAUGAGGAAACAUUUGAACAGUGCUAAAGAAUAUGCAAUGAUCGUGCCAACAAUAUGCCCAAGCAGGUGGAAGUGCGGAUGCUGGACAGCCACCUCAGCUCAGAGGAACCCAAGCACCGGAAUCUGGGCCUGCGCUUGUGCGCCAAGCUGGGGAAGAAUCUCCUGCUCACCCUGACAGUGUUUGGCGUCAUCCUGGGGGCAGUGUGUGGAGGGCUUCUUCGCUUGGCGUCUCCCCUCCACCCUGAUGUGGUUAUGUUAAUAGCCUUCCCGGGAGAUAUACUCAUGAGGAUGCUAAAAAUGCUCAUUCUCCCUCUGAUCAUCUCCAGCUUAAUCACAGGGUUAUCAGGCCUGGAUGCUAAAGCCAGUGGCCGCUUAGGUACAAGAGCCAUGGUGUAUUACAUGUCUACGACCAUCAUUGCAGCUGUGCUGGGGGUCAUCCUGGUCCUGGCUAUCCACCCAGGGGAUCCCAAACUCAAGAAACAGCUGGGGCCUGGGACGAAGAAUGAUGAAGUGUCCAGCCUAGAUGCCUUCCUGGACCUUAUUCGAAAUCUCUUCCCUGAAAACCUUGUUCAAGCUUGUUUUCAACAGAUUCAAACAGUGACGAAGAGAGUCUCGGUGGCACCUUCGUCAGACGAGGAGGCCAAUGCGACCAGCACAGUUGUCUCUCUGUUGAAUGAGACCAUGACUGAGGCUCCCGAGGAGACGACGAUGGUUAUCAAGAAGGGCCUGGAGUUUAAGGACGGCAUGAAUGUCCUAGGUCUGAUAGGGUUUUUCAUUGCUUUUGGCAUUGCCAUGGGGAAGAUGGGUGAGCAGGCCAAGCUGAUGGUGGAAUUCUUCAACAUUUUGAAUGAGAUCGUAAUGAAGUUAGUGAUCAUGAUCAUGUGGUAUUCUCCCCUGGGUAUCGCCUGCCUAAUUUGUGGGAAGAUCAUUGCAAUCAAGGACUUGGAAGUGGUUGCUAGGCAACUGGGGAUGUACAUGGUAACAGUGAUUGUGGGCCUCAUCAUCCAUGGGGGCAUCUUUCUCCCCCUGAUUUACUUUGUAGUGACCAGGAAAAACCCCUUCUCCUUUUUUGCUGGCAUUUUCCAAGCUUGGAUCACUGCCCUGGGCACCGCUUCCAGUGCUGGAACUUUGCCUGUCACUUUCCGUUGCCUGGAAGAAAAUCUAGGGAUCGAUAAGCGUGUGACCAGAUUUGUCCUCCCAGUUGGGGCGACCAUUAACAUGGAUGGUACAGCCCUCUAUGAAGCAGUAGCUGCCAUCUUUAUAGCCCAGAUGAAUGGCGUUGUCCUGGAUGGAGGCCAGAUUGUGACCGUGAGCCUCACGGCGACCCUGGCGAGUGUCGGUGCAGCCAGCAUCCCCAGUGCUGGGCUAGUUACCAUGCUUCUCAUUCUCACGGCCGUGGGCCUGCCCACAGAGGACAUCAGCCUGCUGGUAGCUGUGGACUGGCUGCUGGACAGGAUGAGAACAUCAGUCAAUGUUGUGGGUGACUCUUUUGGGGCUGGGAUCGUCUACCACCUUUCCAAGUCUGAACUGGAUACUAUUGACUCCCAGCACCGAGUGCAUGAAGAUAUCGAAAUGACCAAGACUCAAUCCAUUUAUGAUGACAUGAAGAACCACAGGGAAAGCAACUCUAAUCAGUGUGUCUAUGCCGCGCACAACUCUGUCAUAGUAGAUGAGUGCAAGGUAACUCUGGCAGCCAAUGGAAAGUCAGCCGACUGCAGUGUUGAGGAAGAACCUUGGAAACGUGAAAAAUAAGAAUCUGACUCUCAGCAAAUUCUUGCAUAAACUCCCCAGCAUAUCUUGUGGUAAAAGAUGACAUAAACAAGCUUUCUUUAAAAAGGAAAAAAAUUCAUAUAUUUCUAUGUUUACUUAAUCUGUUAGCUGAGGCUUAGAGGAGCUAUUAUAAGUCAGUGAUGACAGGCACGGUGCUGUGUCUUUGCCAAAUAACGCUUUAUAGUCGUCUAAUUUCCUCACUGGUAUUAUGAUUGUUUGAAUGGAUGCUGCUGGAGGAAUCUGAGUUGAAGACACGUUCCUGCCAGCUUCCCUUUUCUGUCAAGAUGCAGAAACAUGGAUGCUCUUUUCCCAGGAGCCAUGACUAAAGCAGUGUGGUACACUCCGGGGACCUGGGAAAAUGAGCAGACCCACUGUGUGUCAUUCCUUAAAGUGUUCUCCAUGUCCCCCUGUUGUGCACAAGAGAUUCUGUUAGAAGCCUCUAGAAGUAACUCCCCUUACACGUCUUACAGAGUUUGCACAUACAUUGAUUAAAAGCAAAUACCUGUCUUAGGGAACUCUAACAAAUUAUUGUCUAGGUACUCUUUAAGAUAAAUGUUUCAAAGAGAGUUUUAGUGGGAGCCAGACUCUGCAAGGAGCUGAUAAUGGGGCCCAUUGUGUUUCUGUCCCACCCUAUCUAGUCUGUGUGAAUAAUGAUUGAAAUUUCAGAGUAUGUUUCAUAAUCAUCUCUAAAUUUGAUCAUGGAUUAAGAAGUAUUUUACAUAUAACCACUGUACAUAUUGAUGAAAGUAAGAGAGCACAGUCAACAUAAAGUUUAACCAGAUUUAAAUAUUCAGAUUCAGUUAUGUUUGGUUUUCAUUCAUCUGGCAUAGUGAAACUAUGUCGUCCCCCCCACCUUUUUUUUUUUUUUUUUUUUUUGUCUUUGUUUCGCCUAUAUGAUUCUUUUUGGGGGUUUCUAACUAAGAAGACAUUUUUUUUUUCUUUGCUGUUUUUGGCCAGGGCUGGGUUUGAACCCUCCACCUCUAGUAUAUGGGGUCAGCACCCUACUCCUUUGAGCCACAGGCAGCACCCCCUAAGAAGACAUUUUUAAUCUGCAAACUAUUUCAGUCAUAUUCUCAUCAAUCUAGAAGGCCUGAUCAUUUUAGCAUCCUUGCACCUGGAGGACACUUGUGUCCAUUGUGCCUCUUUGGUAUCAUCUCUUGGUAAAACAAAACAAAAUAACCCCGUUACUUACCUAAUGUGUAGAAAGCUUUGUGUUGUGUGUGUCAAAGCACAUAAAACCAGUUAUGGGACACAGGUGGAAGCAGGGCCAGUCUUUCUCCUCAGUCUUCUGAGUGGAAAGGGACAGAAAACAAACAUCUGUACACAAUUCUAUAAAGGUGACACUGCUAUGGGAGAGAGUCUAGGGAGGAUUGAAUUAUGACGUGAGAACAAAGAAUGACUCUAGACAACUUCACAGGUGGAAUCUUGUUUAAGGCUGUGAAAGGGUAAAGGGAUAAAUAAUACCAUAGACAUAGCACAGUGCCUUGCAUGUGGCAGGCAGCCGGAGAAUCCUUAAUGAUUGGGUAUAGAAGCUAAAUGUUUAAUGUCUGCACUAUCAUUUUUUAAUUGAAUAACACACAGUAUUUUCCUAAGGUCGCUGGGUUUGAGAGUGAGCUGGGGACAUGAAUCACUAAUAAACAAAGCACCACUGACUCUGAGGAGUGCGUAGAACCCUAGUCCAUGGGUAGGAGUAGGGCUUAUCAUUUGAGAUCAGCAGAAGGUUGCUGAGAUGUUCAUGGUUACAGAACCCAAAUUCUCUGAGGUGAGGGUGUUUAUGGCUUAAAGUGCCCUUUAUUACCUACUCCUUGUGAAUUCUGUCUUCCAAAUCAGACACCUUUGGAAUAUACAAGAGAUGUGAGAUUCUAGCUGUUUUUGUCUUCUAAGCCCUAGUUAUUUUUGGAUCAGGAUCACUAUUGACAGUAUUAAGCAGAUUUUGGUUUUGGUUUUGAAAUGACAUUGGUCUUUAUUUUCAUUCCAUGGGCAGUUAACAGGGUUGCCAAAGAUAUACUCAAAUGUAGUAGUGGAAAAUAUAUCCUUGACAGUAGGCAUUAUGGGCCAGGAGGACAAUUCCUAGAUUUUGCUUUGACAUUGGCUGAGACUGUCUUUAAGUGAUGCUCCAAGAGCUUUCUCAUGGUAAAUAGAAGGUUGCAGGCAAGGAUUUUUGCUGUGGAAGGCUGACUUGACAUUUGUAUACACUCUCAUGUUUCUUAAAGGAGUGGUCACAGGGUUGAUUUCUCAAAACUCUGCCUAAAAAUCUUUCUGGGCUGUUUUAUCUUCACUUUUUCCCUAGCUAUCUUGUUAGCCUAUAAAUAUAUAAACAGAUAAUGUAUUCAGAGCAAAUAAGGUUUCUCUGGUUUGAGACUAUAUAUAAUACAUCUCAUGAGAAUAUACUUAGGAGGUCAUGUUUAACUGGAAAUCCAAUUAAUCAUAUUAAAAGGAAACAAUUUUUCAAAACUCAGGACUAGCCUGUGAAUUUAGGGUAUACAUAGAGUUGACCUCUGGCUUUUUCAGGCCUCAUUUACUCUCCCCAUGUCAUUCCCAUUGGGGAUUUCCUUUCCCAGCCCAUGUGCCAUAAGCAGAACAAAUGGAUCAGAGUAGUCCUGUAAUAACCUUUAUCUAAAUAGCAUAAGUAUAACUUGUCAGUAAUAUGUGUAGAUUUGUCCUAAUAGGUCUAAAUAGCUGUGAAUGCUUGUAAUAGUCUACUAACAUUUGAUGCAUAAAUGUUACAUUUACAUACGGAGACAGCAGGGUCGAUAUGUACACAGCAGCCCCUAAGUCCCAUGCGUCAGGACUUUGGCAACACCAAUUUAUUAUAGGCUCAUUCACUUUUUUUAGGAAUCAAAAUCAUUCCAGAGAAAGCCAACUAAGUAGACAUUAAUCCUUCUCUUUCUCAUUCUUGCCCUUGGGAAACUCAACUGGAAUCAUCAUUAUUACUCACUGAAAUUCAAUGAUUCAAAUUCAAGUGAGAAGAGUAGCUUGACUCUCAAAGCAACACUUUACCUUAGACUUUUAACGCUGUGGCUCCCAUACAAACAGCAUCAGAGAGUCAAGGUGACCACCUACAUGACACAAAUCCCCAAUAUAGGAUGUUAAGUGAUGGGAUCCGAACCAUGGAGCUAUCAGAUUCAAUAUUUUGUUUCUUAGUGUAUGGAGAAAUGAAGCCCAUGAUCUUGUUGCCUGUGGAAGUUAACAUGCCCCAUAAAGGACAAAUACAUAUUUCUCCUCUUUGACUCCUCCUCAGCCUGGAUAUUCACGAGAAGGAAGAGUGUCAGAAUACCUAGAUCCUGGAUUUAGACUCAUGGAAUCUGAGAAGGGCUUAGGGAAAAUUCAGUUCAUGGGCUGAUUCCUGGUAGGUGAUGCCAGGAAUCCCAAUGACCAGUUAAUUAGGUGGUCUCAGGUCAGUUUCACUCAUGCCUGGAGAAAUGUAUCCUUUGCCAAAGUAGCUAAUCAAAAAGCCCUUUGGAGUGAACUGGUUGGGAAACUCAAUGUACUGGGUCUCUCCCCACAAAAAAAACCCCUAUCUUGCCAUGGUUUUGCAAAUAUCACACUUUCCUUUGCUCUCAAUAGCAAAAUCUGUGUUAUAAUUUUUUGCUUUUGUCAGAAUUAAGGCUUCUGCCACCUGUGCAAUAUUUUCCCAUGAAACACAGCAAUAAAUCCACAUGGGUAUGUUCUUGCUCAGAGAUGAUUCUCUGUAGUUCUGACUCCUAAAAAACAAGUCUCAGCAGCUCUUGCCUGGUUUGAUGACUAAAAGUGCACAGCAGUUACACCCUAGUGGAGGUGUUUUUUCCCACUGAGCUGCUCCCUAACUCUCAGGGCUAUCCAGGUGUCUGUCUGGGCUAUGGGUUUACUUUGCUUGUUCUCCAACUGAACUCAUUCCAAGCCAAAAAAAAGGACCAAAUGGGAUUUCCAGUUAUUGUUGUACUUGCCCUUUAAAUAAGAAUGCCAGGUCUUGGGGCAUAAGAAGAUUAAAUUAAAGCAAAGAGCCUGAAAGAACUCUACAGUGAGAAUUUUUUAAAUGUAGUUGUCAAAGAAAAUUAAUGGUCCCAAUGUUGAGACAUCUUCUACAAGAAGAGUCACUUCAAGGCCAACCCAGGCAGACUUUGGGUGGAGUGAGUUCAAAGCUAAAUAUAAAUACGUAAAUAUUGAGCAAACAUUUCCUUGUGAUUUUCUCUAAAGGAAAACCCAAUUUUCUGCUCUUCCCCUUCCUUUCCUUUUAUUCUAUGUAUCACUGCUGCUUUAUAAAGAGACAACUUAGUAAACCAUCACACAAGUCUGUGCAAGUGUUGGUUUUAGAAUAGAUAACAGCAAAUCUCAAUUGAAUAGCAUACAAUUUUAUAGAAUAACAUAGUUAAUGCAGGCAAUGACAUAGAGAUGAUAAGAAAUAACACGGUUUGGUAAAGGGGACAUUUGAUGUAGACUUUGCCCAUUUUUAGCUGUAUGACUUACACAAGCCACUUUAUGUCCCAACUCAUUUUCUCCCAUAGAAAAAGUGAAGAGAUUAGAUUAAAUGAUUAAAGUUCCCUUCUAGCCCUAUGAAUCCAAAGUAUUAGGAUCUCUGUUUUACUUUCUUCUUUAUUAAGAGGCUCAAUAAAAUAAAAUGUUAUUUAUAUUUUAUGUUGGAGGAACCCACAAUCAUGAAUAAUUGAUUUAGAUUUUUCUCAUCUCCUUUGGGAGAAAUUAAAUUCAUUGGCUGUUUAACAACAAGCUUGGAAGGUGGCCACCUGCAUCCAUAGUUUGAUGUUUUGGGACACCAACCAACAUCCUUUUAUAAAAGUUCCCUUUACCUCAACUCACUGUCCUAGUAGAAGUAGCAAUUCAGCUCAGGGAAAAGUGCUGCCAGUGUCACCAUGAGGGGACCCGAUGAACGGAUAGCCCCACCCAAACUCUUGCAUCAUUCCUGCUGUAGCAACAGAGCCCACUCUGAAUACCCAAAACACACAAUUUUCUCUGAACAGUCCUAAUUGCCAACCCAGUAUGGGAAUUUGGGAGCCUUUGGCAGAACUUGAACACUCUUAUGAAAUUUGGUGCAAGACUUACACAAUCACAGCAAUUAUCUGUAAAUACCUUCUCUCCUCUGACUGUAUGCACAUGUGCACAUCCAUUCAUAAGUCAGCUAGAUGGAGCACUUUCUCUGAAGGGUUAUGCAAGGAUAUUUGAUUGAAUUCAUAUUCCAACUUCCCUGUCCUUUAUCAUGGACAUCACUUUGCAGGGAGUAAAGCUCUCACUGACCAGAAUGGAGUUUUCUGACUAUCAUCUCCCUCUUCAGUGCCUGAGGAGUUUCCAGGGUGGAUGGGACACUUGCCUGGUCCACAAGGUGCAUGUCACCAGCCAUCACUUUUGAACAACCCCUUGCCCUUUCUGACACCGUUGCUUGAAUUUUUGCUCUUCGUCCAAACUUUGCUAAACACAGAGUAGAGUUGGUAUUUAAUGUGUUGCAAGCACCUUUAUUGCUAGAGAAGACUUCAGCUCUUUACGUUUGGGGGAUUGAGAUAUAAAACUGGGCUUAAAAGGAUUGGGCUUUGUAUGUUUGUCAGUUUUUUCCAUUGGCACAAAAGACCUGAUGCAUGGGCCACAAGAUAAACAUGAUUUCUUAAUUGAUCUGUAUAAGAACCUGUGGAAAAAUGAGUUCCUAUUUCAUUCAUUCUAAAUGAUAUCCUGAUAUACUGAUUAGUUUUUUCCCAUGUCCAGCCUUGCUUCACCUUUCCACUCCCAGCCCAAGUAUCCAUUUUGAUGUUUCAUAAAGUCCUUCUGGUUUCAAGGCAGGGCCCUUUUAUGUUGAGCAUAAAACCACUACUGGAAGAGACCUCACUGCUUUGCAGAGUCAGCACUUGACCUAGAGAAUGGGCAGCAACAGGCCCCCAGUUCCUCUGGAGAUACCCCUCAAUCCCUGGGCAAGUGCCAGAACCUGACAACCAACUGUUACCUUUUUGUCCAUCUCUGUAGAGAUGGGGAUGGUGCAGGUGGAACCUCCCUCCUCCUGGGGCUCUGUUUGUUCUCAUGGCAACAAUUUUGCCUCCCAGGAAACAGCCUGUUGCCUUGAUUGGGGACAAAUACACACACCAGCCAAGGCAGUUGGUCCAGCACAUCUCUGAGGUGUCUCCCCCAUGGACCAAAUUCUCUAAAAUAUAUGAUCAGAAAGUUGGCUCUUUGCUGGUUUAAUACUCUGUGAGAGUUACUUUCCUUCCUAGAAACAUCCUUUGAUGUCUAGAUUCUUCUAUAAAUGACCUUAAUGCCCUCCCUUCCUCCUUCUCCUGGAAAACCUCAGCAUUGCAUCUCCAUGUUGCACAACACGGAUCAGAUUAUCUGAUCACUAUAGAGAUUUGUAUAUAAAAAGACUACUUUUUUGAGGAUUUUUGUAUAUUGUUUUUCUAUUUGUUUUCUACAGCUUGAGGAGAGAGCUGGCGAACUGUGAAUCUAAUUUGAUCUUGUUGCCAGCAGAUAUAUUUUGGCUUCCUGGUAAAAAUCUCUGUUACCAGGAAUAAUCUAUUGCCCUCUGAUCAGUAUUGCACCCCUAAUCCACAAAUUCCUCCAGCCCAAUCUUACAUUCUUUUUUAAAGAAAUCCCCAAGAUUCUUUGCUGUUAUUUAUAAAGAGCAUGAGAAAGUGUAUUUAUAAUCCUGGAUAGUAUAUGUUUAAUAUUAAUUUAGCCUUUAAUAAUGGUAUAGGUUUGUAUCUAUUAUUCAGAAACACAAAGAACUCAGUGUAGACUGAAUUAAUCCACUUAGUAUCUGUAAUUUUACAGACAGAUAUUUUCUUAUGGUAUUUUCUAUAUAACCACACACGUAGAAUUACAACCAAUUAGAGCACAAGGAGUUUCUAUAGCAAUCUAGAGCCAUCAAUUGUUUCCUGACUACAUAAUCACAUUUGAAAAUUUGAAAAAUUUAAGAACCCAGUCCUUAGUGAUGCAAUGAACAAAAUGACCACUAAGAACAAGGAAUUGUUUAGAUCCCUUAGCUGGUUAGGAUAUAUGUCUUAAAUGAUUAAUCUUUUUUUAACUCAAGGAAUGGUGCUGAUUUCUUAUUUUUGACACCAGGCCUUGUUUUUCCAGUUGAGCAUUCUAAUUCUGCUUUUCUCUAAGACUAUCGAAGACAAGGUAAUAAUAGUGGAAUUCUUUCUAUAUUAGAAUGUUUCCUUGUUUUCUAAAUGUGUAUGUGAAAAUUGGCUCAGAAAAAUUUUGAGUAACAGAGACUGAGUAUGAGUAUUAGAAACAAAAUCAGGACAGAUUUGUUGCAAUUAAUUUUUGCCAAGCAAAUUGGUAGUCAGUGUCACAUGGUUACAUGAACUGAGCACAUACUUUUUAAAGAAAAUUUUUUAGUACCAGCUAUGAAGCAAUACUGUAUCACUGGGGGCUGGAAGUGGGGGCUUAGAAUCACAUUGAAAUUGUUUAGAGGCAUCCCAGGUAGAUUCUGUCCUCAGGUGAAUAACCACAAACUAUGUAACUUCCCCAAAAGGUAAAAUAAUAGCCAGUGCAAAAACAAGGUGUCUUCCGCCAAACACAGUUUUUGAUGUGGUGUUGGGACUAAUAUUUCUAUUAGUAUUAAAAAGUAGUCAGUUACAUCAAAAAUGUACUGAUAUGUAUUUGAACUUGCUCUUCAUUAAGCAAACAAAUUAGAUAUGCCCUCAACUGGCAACGAUUGUAUCUGUUUUCAAGUACAGCCAGCUGUCAAAGCAUGAAACUCUUGUGUGUACACUCUGAUACUUGGUUCACGCAUGAAGAACAGUGCCUAUGCACUUUGUGUAGCUAUAAUGUAGGUAUCUAGGUGUAAUUUCAGUGAAAUUGUGUAUAGAUGUAUUGUAAUUUAAUUUAUAUGUUAUUUUUGGCUAUUCAUCUAAAUGCAGUAGAUGUGUUGAUUGGUGUUUUGCAAACCCUUUUUACCCUUCUUAGAUAUCUGGCUGUGAAUCAUUUCUCCUCUUUCUCAAUGUGGUCUGGGGGAUAUAUUUAAGUGAAGAACUUAUCUAUAAAUCCUUUGUAUUGAUGAUUGUUUGAAAGUCUGUGUGUGUCCAGCACCUUUGUAAAUAUGCAAUUCAGAGCAGGGAUGGGCUGGGUGUGUGUCCUGGUUCUUAGUGAAAGGUCAUCCCACGUCUGUAUAAUAUGCAGUGAAUGCAACUGUGGAGCUUUUGAUUAUCUAGGCUUAUGUAGGUUUAGAAUGAGGACAUUUAUCUACAGUCCUCCUUCACUUGGUGGAUUUGGCUCAAAGAGACAAAAGGUUAGUUGGCCCCUGUGCAUGUUAGCAUCAUGUCCUUAGGGAAGGGUCAGCCUGUCCGGUUGCCAAAUACUCUUCAUGAUGCUCCUGACUUAAAGUUCUGAAGAGCCUUGUCCCCCUUUGGUUCUUAAGUCAGGUUUUGGGAAAAACAUUUGCUGACUAACUGCCAUGCAGGUGAAAUCCCACAAAAGCACAGUUCAGGCUGUAAACGAUGCAGUUAUCUGCAGAAAGGUAGAAAACUAGGAGCACAUGAGUAGCCAGAGGGGCAACUGGUGAAGCACAGAUCCCACAUAUGUGAGGGAGUAUAAACUUCUCUACCUAAUAUGCUCUGUGUGCAUGUUUUGGAUGAAUGAUGAGAUUAACUAGUGAAAAUACACACUUGCCUCCUAAAACACACAUUCUGUAUAAUUAUCACUCAAUACAAUGCUAUGAGGUCUAGAGUUCCUGUAACCCCUUUCUCUUCCCCAAGGACAGAGAAGAUAGAGCCAUGUGCUUUAGAGAACACUAAGUGUCCCUCUCUUUUCUCAAAAGGAGAGAAGCCUAAGAUAUUCAAGGGCAUGAAGCACAUUAACUUGCAGUGGCUUCUCCAGAUGAGUGUAGUGAGGGGAAUACAGUGGACAGGCAAUUUUUUCCUUGAAGAUGUGGCUACUUCAACUCCUGUCAAAUUCAGGAUGGAAAAUUUAUGAAAGAAAACCAGCCUGUAUGCAGGAUUCUCUUUGAAGAUUCUUGUGUUCAGAAAGAAAUAAUAAUUGCUUUCCUAACAUUCACAAUCCCCACUGGUCUGAAGUCAUGUUGCAUAGAGCAUAUAUAGCACAUAGUGUUUAAACACUAAUGAAUGCAGAAAGAUAAGAGCUUCAACUGAAUUUUUGGUUGUUUCUUAUAUACGGUACUAGAAAAUGCCUUGUUAGCUAAGCACAUUUUGGGUAGUUGAGGUCUUUUGUUUCCACCUUUAGCUUUCUAAGCUUUAUUACAAUGUGGACUGAUUACUGUAACAUUUUGUGUGUAAAAUAACUGGAUAUUCUUUAUAUACUGGAAAUAACCUGUGAAUCCAAAAUUUCACUAAGUGUUUUAACUUUUGUGUACAUAUCUCCCUUCAAUAAAUGUGAAUUCCAAUU